AUGCAAUCGGCCUACAGGAAGUAUCAUAGCACUGAGACUGCUCUGAUUCGUAUUGUUAACGACAUACAGCGUGCUCUUGAUGAUCAGUGCGAGUCCAGUUUGGUUUUACUCGACCUUUCCGCCGCCUUCGACACGUACAAUGGAUCACGCGAUCUAUCUCUCGUUUAUUUUGUGGUGUCCCUCAAGGCUUCGUUUUAGGGCCGGUGUUAUUUUCUCUCUAUAUUUCUCCACUGGAGGAUGUAAUUACGGCUCACUACUUAAAUGCAAUGAUGUACGCCGAUGAUUGUCAGCUUUACAUCAUUGUGAGACAAAGCAAUCGUGCUACAGCAUUAAAGGAUCUUACGCUCUGUAUCGAAGAUAUCAUGUCCUGGAAUGUCUCUAACAUGCUUAAAUGUAACCCAAAGAAGACUGAUCCUUCUCAGUCACUGCACCAAAGCUCUCGAAUGACCUACCCAUUACGA